AAGUUCAUUUCUAAACUCUCUCUAGGUUAGUAGAGAUAGCUUGAACCAUGCUAUGGUGGUCUAUAAACUUCUAGCACUUCUCCGCAGUUUCACUUUAGUACUACUACUCGAACGCACUAAUUAGACCCUUGACCAAUACCUCUCUCUCCCUCUCACUCUCUCUUUCACGCACAAUAAUUAUUAAAUACCGAUAUCAUCUAAAAAAUUAUGAGAGCAUCAAUGCUUGGUGUUAAAAGGAGGAUUUACAAUUCUAGCGAAGAGGAAGGUGAGCUAAGAAGAGGUCCAUGGACUCUUGAAGAAGAUACUUUGCUUACUCGUUACAUUGCUCGUAAUGGUGAAGGUCGUUGGAACAUGUUAGCAAAAUGUGCAGGACUGAAGAGAACCGGAAAGAGUUGCAGAUUGAGAUGGCUAAAUUACCUAAAACCUGACGUCAAGCGUGGAAAUCUUACUCCACAAGAACAGCUUUUGAUUCUUGAACUGCACUCCAAGUGGGGUAACAGGUGGUCAAAGAUUGCACAACAUCUGCCUGGAAGAACAGACAACGAAAUCAAGAAUUAUUGGAGGACAAAGGUGCAGAAAGAGGCACGCCAACUUAACAUGGAGGCUAGCAGUACGAAGUUUCUUGAUGCUGUUAGGAGUUUCUGGAUGCCAAGAUUGCUUCAAAAAAUGGAGCAGGCUUCUUAUUCUUCUUACUUGACAACACUCGACUCACAAUCACAAGCUGAUCAUGGAGUCAGGUCUCCAUCAUCCAAUUCCCCAGUUCCUAGUUCAUUGUCAACGUCGUUGUGUCCUCCAGAAAGCAGAUUGGCACACUAUUUAAAUCUUGGCAGUGAAAAUUCAAGUUCAGUCACAAGUCCUCAUGUUCUUUCUGCAAAUUCCGAUACAAUCUCACCGCAGCCUGAAAUUCUUGAAAACCCAACUUGCUCGUCUCUCCAUGGUGAUACUUUCUACAGCAACUUAAUUUUGAGUGACACCUGCUAUGAGGAGGGCAGUUGCUAUGACCCAGUUGGAUUCAAUCAGGCUUCUGCUGGCAUGGGCACUUAUGACAAUUCACCAUUGGAAUGCCAGAUGGCAGGAGGCAAUUGGGUGUUUGAUAGCAUGGAAGAUACUUUAUGGGAUAUGGAUGACAUGUGGCAGUUUAGGGACUUGAGAGAAACAGGCAUCCAGAGUGGUCCCUGUCGAUGAUUAGGAUCUUUUCUAUUAAUCAUCUUGACCCAGACUUAUAUAUAUAUAUAUAGUUUAAUAGAUAACUCCAGCAUUAUUGGUGAAUAUUGUAGUUAUUAUGUUGAGUAUUUUAGAGUUCAAGUGAUUGUUGAAGAAGCCUGUAUAUGUAUUUUUUUUAAUGGUGUUUGGUAUUUCAUGUUUAAUUA